CGUGUAUAUUUUUCGAAUGAUUUGCCAGAUUUGUGUUUGUGCAAGCGAAAGAUAAAAAUCUUUUGAAUUUUGGUUUAGUGAAAAGAUUUGAAACAGAAAACCAAGUAAACUUUGCAGGAGGAAGUAAAAGCUUAUACUUACAAUGAGUUUUGGCCUGCCAGCUGUCAAACCUAACCCCGGGGAUUACACCAGCGAAGACCUCGCACAAGGCCACUAUGGAGUGCCCGACAUGAUGACGCAUGGCAUGUUGGCAAGACAGCAGCAGUUAUCAGUAGCUCAUCCUUUGGAACUGUCAGAAAAAUUGUUUGCGGGUAACCGUGAGCGGCUGAGCGCGGCGCUGCUGCGCAACACGCAGGGCCUGCACGCCGUGCUGAGGCUGCGCGCGGAGCUGCGCGCGGUGGACCGGGUGGGCCGGCUGCCCUGCCUGCCCAGCGCGGGGCUGGCGCGCGACGUGCUGACCGGGCGCGACCUGGAGCUGGGCUUCGAGGACGUGCUGGGCACGCCCGAGUUCUCCGAGGCCCUGUGCCAGCCGCACCUCACCGUUGAGCAGCGCCUCGGCAUCCUGUAGUCUCCUCCCGGCUCUUUCCGUGCUAUCUUGUCAUGCUUGUGCAUUGUGUUUUGGAAGACUAAAAAAAUUAAAUUUUCUUAAAAUUU